AUGCUGAUGUCAUCACCGCACGGCUGGUGCCCGUCAUUCCACUGGCCCCAGGAAUUUCUGGUAUACCUGGGCGCGCACUUCAAGGGACUGCGGGAGGCCACCCGGGCGUUCCUGUCAAGCAAGGUGCGGGCCGUGCGCGAGGCGGGGGCGCCCCAGGCGGAGGUGCAGCGGCUGAGCGCCAUCAUGCUGCCGGGUACCGCCAAGGCGGGGCGCACGUGGGAGCUGGCGCAGGAGGACCAGGUGUACUUCGUCAAGGACGGCAGCUUUCAGUUGGAACUCAUCGAACAUGCGACCACUGCAGGCAGCGGCAGUGCAGCUGCUGGCUUGAAGAAGAUUCCCUGGCGCAGCAACACACAGCAGCUGCAAGCGGCGACAUAUGCAGGCACCGCUGGUGGCGCAGACCUGGGCGGCCGGCCGCAAUCCAGCCGCCCCUCCACUGCUCCUGCAGCGUCCUCUGGCGAACGGGGCGUCGCCCGUGUGUCUCGGCGAAAUGCGCCAGGCGGCGGCAGCGGCAGCGGCGGCAACGCUGGAGGCGGCGAGAGCGAGAACCAGCAGCAACCUGAAGACGAGGGCGCGAGCACCGGCGGCUGGGGACGUGACAGCGGUGGUGCCAGGGGGCGGCGCGUGAUGCCGCCUCUGGCGGACUGCGGGGUGCUGGCGUCGGUGCGGAUGGCGGGCGGCGGGCGGGUGGUGGGGACACUAGGGAUGGAGGAAGAGCUGCAGAGGGCGCGGCUCAGGGGCACUGUCAAAAAGGUCGUCGCCCGGCUGGGGCCCGGCCACUGGUUUGGCGGCGGCGCAGCGUUGAUUGGCGAGGGCCCCCUGCAGUCUGGGCUCCGGCUAGUGGCGACCUCUGACGCUGAGCUGUGGCACGUCCACGUCAAUGUGUUCAUGCAGCAGGCAGGCGAUGCGAUCAUCAGGUGA